AUGUAUAACUUUAACAUUUUACUAUUCAUGAAAGUAUAGGUGUUGAGACUCGCACCGUCCCUGUUCCUGUUUGUCGGCUGUGAUCAGAGCAGGCCUGUGCUGCUGUGGCUACUCUGGUAACCUGGCUGCAGAAUCCGAUGACAGCGAGCUCUGUGUUUUGGGGUACUGCUUUCCGGAAGGUGGUGAUGAGGCCUGAGCUCAGCUGGCUCCUCUCUCAAAGGCCACUCACUUCGACCACAUGGACAUACCAGUGGGGGUGCUCACACUCUCCCCAGAGCAUCAGCCCACAGCCUGUUUGUUAGGUGUUCUCCCUAAACCCCCCUUCAACCCAUGCCUGUAAAUGGACACUGCUGGUUUAUUUAUAGCCCUUGAGCACAAGCAAGCUCUGUAUCUUCUCAAGAGAGUCCAGAGUCGUGCUGAGCUCUGCCGUCGUGUUUUAUAGACGAAACGUGCCGAGAGGGGCUCAUCAGACAAAAACAAUUCUGACCACAACCACCGGAUACUGAGACACCCAGAGAGAGGAGAAAAGAUGGAAAAGCCAGUCUUGCAGACACAACCGUCCACCCUGUCUUUCUUCGACACGGCCCAUGCCUUCAACCUGCUUCGGGGAAUCCACGAACUCCGCGCUGAACGGAAGUUUUUCGACGUGACUCUGUGUGCCGAGGGCCGUGAGUUCCACUGCCACCGCACUGUGCUGGCCGCUGCCAGCACCUACUUUCGAGCGAUGUUCGCGGGAACAUUAAAGGAGAGCGUUAUGGACCGGGUCGUUCUACAUGAGGUGUCAGCGGAGCUUUUAGGCCAGCUGGUGGAUUUCUGCUACACGGGACGGGUCACCAUCACGCAGGACAAUGUGGACGUCCUGCUCAAGACGGCAGAUCUGUUUCAGUUCCCCUCCGUCAAGGAGGGCUGCUGUGCUUUUCUGGGGCAGCGGCUCGAUGUCUCCAACUGCUUGGAGAUCCAGGACUUUGCGGAGGCCUACGCUUGCCGAGAGCUGGCGUCGAGCGCUCGCCGCUUUGUCCUCCAAAACAUCAUGGAGCUGGCUAAAUUGACAGACUUUAACCGGUUGCCGUGGAAGCGCCUGCUUGAGUUUCUGUCCGACGAUAAACUUUGCAUCGACAAGGAGGAGGCCGUCUAUCAAAUAGCCUUGUGCUGGGUGAAGUCCGACCUCCAGCGGAGGCUGCACUACUGGCCCGAGCUCCUGCAGCAGGUGCGGCUCCCCUUCGUCAGGAGGUUCUUCCUGUUGGCCCACGUGGAGAGCGACCCGCUCGUCUACCUGUCGCCCACCUGCCUUCGCAUGGUCAACGAGGCUCGUAGCUUCCAGUCCUGCGAGUACGACCGCCACGACAGACCCAGCCACCGGAUGCGGCCGCGGCCGUCCACGGGGCUGGCCGAGAUCCUGGUGGUGGUCGGGGGCUGCGACCAGGACUGCGAUGAGCUGGUCACAGUGGACUGUUACAACCCCCAGACCGGACAGUGGCGCUACCUGGCCGAGUUUCCGGACCACCUCGGAGGAGGAUACAGCAUCUCCGCCCUCGGAAACGAUAUAUAUGUCACAGGUGGCUCCGAUGGCUCUCGUCUCUACGACGGCGUGUGGCGCUACAAGUCCAGCGUCAACGAGUGGACGGAGGCGGCGCCCAUGCUGAAGCCCCGCGAGUACCACAGCUCUUGCGUGAUGAAAGGUCAGCUCUACGUGGUGGCGUCGGACAGCACCGAGCGCUACGACCACGCUCUGGACUGCUGGGAGGCCUUACCACCCAUGCUGCACGCCAUGGACAACUGCUCCACCACCACGUGCAACGGGCGCCUGUAUGCCAUCGGCUCUCUGACUGGGGAGGAGACCAUGACCAUCCAGAGCUAUGAUCCGGACGCCAACCGCUGGGCAGUGGUCAGCUGUGGACAGCUGCCCACUUGGUCCUUCACCCCGAAAACUGUAACCCUCAAAAGCCUCCUGUACUUUAUCAGGGAUGACUCAGCCGAGGUCGAUGUUUAUAAUCCUCAAAAGAGCGAGUGGGACAAAAUUAGUCCGAUGACCCAGGUGCACGUUGGAGGCAGCGUGGCGGCCCUGGGCGGUAAGCUGUACGUGUCCGGUGGUUAUGACAAUACCUUUGAGCUGUCGGACGUGGUGGAGGCGUUCGACCCGACCACCCGCUCAUGGACUCUUGCCGGUCGGCUCCCUCAGCCCACCUUCUGGCACGGCAGCGUCAGCAUAUUCCGCCAGUUCAUGCCCCAAGUGUCCAGUGCAUUUGAACUCACCGAGAUACCCGAGUCGAACGUCAUCCACCUGCAUCGGCACCAUCGCCACCAAGCGCUGCACAAUCUCAACAACAACAUCAACCAGAACCAGAACCGGGAUGUGAACCCAGCACGCUGAGGUGGGACCGAGAAAAGCCUGUUCCAUAUUUCAAUCUGUUUGUCUAUUGACUGGGUGAGGGAAAGUAAGUAAGUAAGUAAGUAAAAGUUUAUUUAUAUAGCGCCCUUCGCAGUACGAAUACACAGAGUGCUUUACAAUAAAAACAAUAAAAACAGUACAACAUCA